AUGCCGCUGAGCCCCGCGCCCGCCUGCGCCGCCCCCUGCGCGCCCGACAUGGACAGGGCCGGCGCGCCCAGCGCCGCCUCCGCCUCCGCCUCCUCGGCCGGCCCGGCCGCCGAGUCUAAGCCCAAGAGCGAUGGAAAGAACUCAAGUGGAUCCAAGCGUCAUCACCGCAAACGUGAACCUUCUUAUCCCAAAAAUGAAAACUUUAGCAACCAGUCCCGUCGCUCCAAUUCACAGAAAAGCAAAACUUUUAAUAAGGUGCCUCCUCAGCGGGGCGGCGGCGGCAGCAGCAAACCCUUUAGCUCUUCUUUCAAUGGCGGAAGACGAGAUGAGGUAGCAGAGGCUCAACGGGCAGAGUUUAGCCCUGCCCAGUUCUCGGGUCCUAAGAAGAUCAACCUGAACCACUUGUUGAAUUUCACGUUCGAACCCCGUGGUCAGGCAGGCCACUUCGAAGGCAGCGGACAUGGCGGCUGGGGGAAGAGGAACAAGUGGGGGCACAAGCCCUUUAACAAGGAGCUCUUUCUACAGGCCAACUGCCAGUUUGUGGUGUCGGAAGACCAAGACUACACCGUUCAUUUUGCUGAUCCUGACACCUUAGUCAACUGGGACUUUGUGGAACAAGUGCGCAUCUGUAGCCAUGAAGUGCCAUCCUGUCCCAUAUGCCUAUACCCACCGACUGCAGCCAAGAUAACUCGCUGCGGACACAUCUUCUGCUGGGCCUGCAUCCUGCACUAUCUCUCCCUGAGCGAGAAGACCUGGAGCAAAUGCCCCAUCUGCUAUAGUUCCGUGCAUAAGAAAGAUCUCAAGAGCGUCGUCGCCAACGAGUCCCGGCAGUAUGUGGUUGGUGAUACCAUCACCAUGCGACUGAUGAAGAGGGAGAAGGGGGUCUUGGUGGCUUUGCCCAAAUCUAGAUGGAUGAACGUCGAUCACCCCAUUCAUCUAGGAGACGAGCAGCACAGCCAGUACUCGAAGCUGCUGCUGGCGUCCCGGGAGCAGGUGCUGCAUCGGGUGGUGCAGGAGGAGAAAGUGGCCCUGGAGCAGCAGCUGGCAGCGGAGAAGCACGGCCCCGAGUCCUGCUUCAUUGAGGCUGCGCUCCAGGAGCUCAAGGCCCGGGAAACGGCCCUGUCCGGACUGGCUGAGAGCAAAGAGGAGAUCCCAGGCGUCGUGGCCGCUCUGGAACAACUGGUGCUGGUGGCUCCCCUGGGAACGGCGUCUGUGUUUCCACCCGGCGAGGGUGUGCUGGAGUAUCUGUCCGCAUUGGAUGAAGAAACCACCGAGGUUUGUUCUCUGGGCUCGCCUCGCUGUCCUCCUGCUCUUCCUCUCGUGGAGGAAGAGGAAGCCCCGUUUGACCCGGAACCCGACAGGCUCGCCAAGGCCUGCGAUGACCCAGAGUUCGCCGGUGACCAUCUGGUUUGUGCCUCCGGUCCGCAGGAGCCCCUCCCCAAGCUGGCCUCCCCACACCUGAACAGCUCGCCAUGCUACUACUUCUACCAGGCGGAGGACGGGCAGUACAUGUUCUUGCACCCCAUCAACGUGCGCUGCCUGGUGCGGGAGUAUGGCAGCCUGGAGCAGAGCCCCGAGUGGAUCUCGGCCACGGUGGUGGAGAUCGCGGGCUACUCCAUGUCUGAGGAUGUUCGCCAGCGGCACAGGUAUCUCUCGCACUUGCCGCUCACCUGCGAGUUCAGCAUCUGUGAGCUGGCUCUUCAGCCGCCUCUGGUCUCCAGGGAGACCCUCGAGAUAUUCUCAGAUGACAUUGAGAAGCGGAAGCGUCAGCGCCAGAAGAAGGCCCGGGAGGAGCGCCGCCGUGAGCGCAGGAUCGAGAUGGAGGAGAACAAGAAGCAGGGCCGCUACCCAGAAGUCCACAUUCCCCUAGAAAAUCUCCAGCAGUUUCCUGCCUUCAACUCCUACACCUGUUCCUCUGAUUCUGCUUUGGGUCCCACCAGCACGGAGGGCCGUGGGGCCGUUUCCCUCUCUCCUCUUAGUCCCAAUCCAGGCUCCCAAGCAGACUUCCUGCUGGCCCCUCUCUCGCCUUCUGCGAGUCAGGGCAGCCCUUCGUUCUGUGUCGGCAGCCUGGAAGAGGACUCUCCCUUUCCUUCUUUCGCCCAGAUGCUGAGGGUUGGAAAAGCAAAAGCAGACAUGUGGCCCAAAGGUGCUCCAAGGAAAGACGAAAACAGCUUAGUUCCUCCUGCUGCAGCCGACAGCGACGGGGAGAGUGACAACUCGGAUCGCGUUCCGGUGCCCAGUUUCCAAAAUUCCUUCAGCCAAGCUAUUGAAGCAGCCUUCAUGAAACUGGACACACCAGCCACCCCGGACUCCCUCUCUGAAGAAAAAGGAGGAAAGAAAAGGAAAAAGCAGAAACAGAAGCUCCUAUUCAGCACCUCAGUCGUUCAUACCAAGUGACACUACUGGUCCAGGAUACCUUCUCCGCCUCCUUUGCCCUGUGCUUUUUGUUUUGCUGCUGAAAUUUUAAGUAUUUUGAGUUUGAACAGAUUAGCUCUGGGGGGAGGGUCCACAACACGAGGGGGAAAACGAGAAAAACAUUUUAAAUACAGUGUAUUUUCCAGCUUCCUGUCUUUACACCAAAAUAAAGUAUUGCCACUCACCAGA